UUACAUUCAUGACUGGCACUACCGAAGGGGGCCGAGGUGGACGUGAUCCAAAGGUUGUCAUCUAUGGAAGCAAAGGAAACUCAGGGACAAUCAAUUUCAAAGGGAAGCUAAAAGAGGGCAACGAAGAACAGUUUCUCGUACAGUUAAAGGAAGAUAUUGGUGACAUAUUAGUAAUUAAAGUUAGUCAAUCAGGUUUAUUCUUCGUCCCAAAAUGGAAUCUAAGGAGGGUUACUCUUCGAUAUCUUGACAGCGCUGAGAGUUACUAUGCCUGCUUUGAUGGUAAAGUGGGGGAGAAAGCUCUUGUACAUGGUGAUGCCGAGUGUCAGAAGAAAAACUUGAACAGACGCCCUUUAAAAAAAGUCCGCCAUCAGUUUAGAUCGGGAAGCCACGAAGAAAAGAAUUUGGAGUCGAAUUAAUGAAUAAUGUAGAAGAAAAAGCAAGAUUUAGGAGAAAAAAAAACAGCAUGUUUGGCGAUAGCAAAACAACUCGUUCGUAUGUAACUUGUUGAAGAAAAAAUAAAAUAUUAAGAUGAAGUUGAAAACGAGAUCUAGAUAUUGUUUCAA